AUGUGCUCUCACCAAGAUGGUGUUGCCUUGAUCCACUUCAAGAACACCUUUUCCAUCAACAAAACUGUUUCUGAAAAAUGCAAAUCACUUGGCACCAAAUCUUACCCUAAAACAAAUUUAUGGAAGGAGGGAACAGACUGCUGCUUGUGGGAUGGAGUCACUUGUGACCAUUUAACAGGCCAAGUGAUUGGUCUUGAUCUAAGUUGCAGCUGGCUGUAUGGUACCCUUGAUUGCAAUAGUAGUCUGUUCUUUCUUCCACACUUGCAGAAGCUCAACCUAGCCCAUAAUCAUUUUAAGAAAUCCAUUAUUUCAUCUAAAUUUGGUUUGUUUACAAGCUUGUCAUAUCUCAACCUUUCUAUGUCAAAUUUCUCGGGGCAAGUCCCGCCUGAAAUCUCCAGAUUGUCAAAAUUGGUUUCACUUGAUCUCUCCUUGAAUGACAGUCCAGCACUCACUGAAAAUACUUUCAGUGGACUUCUACAAAACCUAACAGAGGUAAGGGAACUUUUUCUUGCUAGUGUAGAUAUGUCUUCCAUCCGUCCCGUUUCCCUAAUGAAUAUGUCUUCUUCGUUAACAUCCCUCAGUCUUAGAGGUUCUGAUUUGCGAGGAAACUUCCCAAUAACCAUUUUCCGUCUACCAAACCUUAAGUUGCUUGAUCUGAAGGAAAACAAAAACCUCAUUGUCCAUCUCCCAGAGUCCAAUUGGAGUAGUCCCCUCCAGUAUUUGAAUCUUUUAGGAACAUCUUCCGCUGGAAAAUUACCUAAUUCAAUCGGUAAUUUGGGGUCCUUGAAGCAUUUGCAGCUUGGUCUAUGUAACUUCUCCGGUCCAAUUCCAAGAUCAUUGGGAAAUCUGUCGCAACUUACUUAUUUGGAACUUUCUAGAAAUCAUUUUAGUGGUCAGAUACCUCCUUCACUCACAAACCUAAAACAACUCCAAUUCUUGUACAUUUUUGAUAAUCAACUAGAUGGUUCCAUUCCAGUUCAAGCAAGUGCUUUCCCUAAUCUAAUUGACCUAGACCUGUCUAACAACUUACUUAACGGACCACUACCAGCUUGGUUAUAUACCAUUCCAUCAUUAAAAUUCAUAACUAUCCACAAUGACCAAUUGACUGGUCAUAUCAAUGAGUUCCAAUACAAAUCACUCACAUGGAUAUCUUUGGGGAAUAAUAAACUUCAAGGUCAAAUUCCAAAGUCGAUAUUCGAACUUGUGAACCUGACUGAUCUUGAUUUGUCAUCAAAUAACUUGAGUGGCAUUGUGGAGUUGGACGCUUUUCUGAAACUCCAGAAUCUUGAAUGGCUUGAUCUUUCAUACAACAGCCUGUCGUCCAUAAAUUCUAAUAUCAGUGCCACGUAUACCUUGCCCAAUCUCCGGAUUUUGUAUCUGCCUUCUUUCAAUAUCGGUGAAUUCCCAAUUUUAAGUGGCUCGACAAACUUAGAAGCUUUAGACCUUUCCAACAAUAGAAUUUAUGGUCAAAUUCCCAAAUGGAUGUGGGAUAUAGGAAGGGACUCUUUGCUCUACUUGAAUCUUUCCUACAACUUUCUGACAGAUUUAGAACAAAUUCCAUGGAAGAACAUUCAGACUCUUGACCUCAACUUCAACUUGAUUCAUGGUAAUAUCCCAACUUUGCCUAUCAACUUGCUUUUCUUGUCAAUCUCAAAUAAUUCCUUAACGGGAGAGGUCUCUUCUCAUAUUUGCAAUUUGAGUUCCCUCAUGGUUCUUGACUUGUCUCAUAAUGAAUUGAGUGGGAAAAUUCCACAAUGUAUUGGAAACUUCAGCAAAUCGCUAUUGGUGUUGAAUCUAGAGAGGAAUAAUUUCCAUGGAAAAAUUCCUACAACGUUUGCAAAGAGCUGUGGAUUGAAGAACAUCAACUUGAAUGGCAAUCAAUUUGAUGGGCCUUUACCACAAUCUUUGACAAACUGUAGGGAUAUAGAAGUUCUAGAUUUUGGUGACAAUAAAAUAGAUGGUACAUUCCCCAAUUGGUUGGAAACAUUGCCAGUGUUACAAGUUCUCAUUUUACGAUCAAAUAACUUACAUGGCUUCAUAAGCAAUCCCAAUACAAGUCACUCUUUCCCCAAGUUGCGAAUAUUAGACCUCUCCAACAAUGAGUUCGGGAGUACCUUGCCAGCCAAGUUUAUAAAAAAUUUUGAGGCUUUGAAAUAUCUCAAUGGAAGUCCUGGUUCUGUACAAUAUAUGCAGGAAGCAAAACGUUAUGAAUGUUUUGUUAGCUUGACAAUGAAAGCAGAGGAAAUUGAGAUCAAGAUAUCAACGAUAUUCACAAGCAUUGAUCUCUCUCUCAACAAGUUCGAUGGAGAGAUUCCGGAAGUUAUUGGAGAGCUAAUCUCACUUAGAGGACUCAAUCUUUCCCAUAAUAAUCUUGGUGGUCACAUUCCGCCAUCAAUGGGAUGUUUGAUAAAUCUUGAGUGGUUAGACCUCUCUUCAAACAAGUUAACCGGACAGAUUCCCCAAGAACUAGAAAACUUGACUUUCCUAUCCAUCCUCAACCUUUCUCACAACCAACUUGAAGGACCAAUUCCCUUAGGCAAACAGUUCAACACAUUUGAAAACGAGUCAUAUGAAGGAAACUUGGGGUUAUGUGGGUUCCCGAUGUCAAAAUCUUGCAGCAAUGAAGGGACACAACCUCCUUCGUCAAUGACCUUUCACGGUGAUUCAAAGCUCACAAAUGCCUUCAGCUGGAAAGUUGUGUUAAUAGGAUAUGGAUGUGGAAUGACAUUUGGUUUGGCCAUGGGACAUGUUGUCUUCAAAACCGGAAAACCUAAAUGGUUUGUGAUGUUGGUCGAGGGUAGACUACACCAAAAGGCAACACGGUCAAAGAAAAGAGCUCGUACAAGAAAUGCAAGAAGAUUUUAG